UUGUCCCGAGAAUGAGAUUAGUGUGAAAGUUCGCGGGAAAAUACAGUUUCAUCAACACUGCAAGGUGGGAACAUGGCAUAGGGAGGGAGAGCAGGUCAAGCACGGAGACGGGAAGGAAGUUGGCUUAGCGGUCCGUGCUGGGCGCAGGGUUGUCUGUCUGCCUUUAGCUUGGUUGAACUGCAGCAUCCAAACACCCACGUGGGUGGUUCCAAGUGGCUCUAGGUCCCUUGAUCUGAAAUGGACUUUGCUGCUUGGCCCACAGAGCAUCCUCCAAAUGAAACAACCCCCUGGUGGACCGAAGUCCUUUUCUUCUGGUUUGAAGAACCCCGUCCUGCCCCAGUGCGUCCUGCCCACCGCAGCCAGGCUCAUUUUUCUGAAGCAGACCCAUUCGUUGUGCUCUUUUUCUGACAAGCCCUCAGUGGUCUGCUGUGACAUCCUGAAUUUCUUAAUUGGACUUUGGAGGCAUCUCCCCACCCCGACCCCGUCCUCCAGGCACCGCAUAGGGCAGACCAAAUCAGACCACUUGCCAUUCCCCUCCACACCCCACACCCCCGGGAGGAGCCCCUGGCAUCCUUGCCUCUGUACUUUGGGGCAUGCCUUCGGCACUCCUGCCUCCAAACCCAGGUCCCCUUUGCGGCGCUCUGCUUGCUCGAGACUCUGCAAACUCCAGCAGUUGGAAUUAGCCCCCUUUACUCGCUGCAUGCGAUCACGCCUUCCCCUUCUGCUAUCCCAGUGUGUGCUUCACAGGCAGGGGGCUGUGAGUUUGUGGGUGACAGAGACAGUGUCCUGUGACCUCUCCACCUUCAGGCCCUAUGCCUUUUACAUAGCAGGCCCUCGAGCACUCGCAGAGCUGGCUGGCUCCCGGGCUUCGAUCCGAGCGGCACUUCGAGACACUCCCCUCUGCACUGAUGUCCUCUGCCAACGCAGCGCAGCCAGGUGACAGCUGGGCCGGAGUGAUGGCCUGGGGAGCUGGAGGAAUGAGCUGUCCUGCGUGGUGACGUCCCCACCCGCUCCACACCGCUCCCAGAGCAGGGACAAAGCAGCAGCAUUCACCAGUAUUUGGUGUCUUAGCAGGUAUGACUGUCGGAACCUUUCCUUUGACAACUUCACCACGGU